AUGGCAGCUUCUCAGGGACUGUUGACAUUCCAGGAUGUAGUCAUAGAAUUUUCUCAGGAUAAGUGGGAAUUUCUGGACAGCACUCAAUGGGAAUUGUACAGGGAUGUGAUGUUAGAGAACUAUAAAAACCUGGUCUCCUUGGGUCCUGUCUCUAAGCCAGACCUGGUCACCUUUAUGGAGCAAAAGAAGGGUCCCUGGGACGUGAAGGGAAUGGAGACAAUAGCCAUACACCCAGGAACUGGGGACCCCACCCAGGUGGAGGAUGGUGACUUCAGGCUGAGCAUAAGAAUCCUGGGGCACCACCCUGGGUAUUUGGAAGGGAGUGAGGAAAACGGGAUGAGCCACCUCCACUCUCUUAGGCCUUCUGUUGCUGUUGCCCAACCCCCUCUUCCAGUGAUGGCUCCAAAGACAUUUCUACAGAAGCUGGAGAGAUCUUGA